GGGUUAUCAACCGAAGGAGGUGGAAAAAGAUAAAAUUGAUAGGAAAUACAGUUCCAACGAUAUGAAGGGAAAAUGUAAACCGGGAACAUUUCGUAUGUUGCUGCCACCACCAAAUGUAACGGGAAGUUUACAUUUGGGCCAUGCCUUAAUGGCCACUAUACAGGAUGUCAUUGCUCGUCAGAAACGACAAAUGGGUUAUGAUGUACUGUGGAUACCGGGCACCGAUCAUGCCGGUAUUGCAACACAAGUUGUAGUGGAAAAGAAAUUGUUGAAGGAACGAGGUAUCUCACGUCAUCAAAUGGGUAGAGAGGAGUUUUUACAAGAGGUUUGGAAAUGGAAGCAGGAGAAAGGUGGUGGAAUUGUUGAUGAUUUGAGGAAAUUGGGCUGUACUCUGACAUGGGAUAAAGAAUAUUUUACAAUGGAUGAGCGCCAAGCUUAUGCCGUCAACGAAGCCUUUAUACGCCUCUUCGAGGAGGGCCUCAUACAACGUAAAGAGUCUCUGGUUAAUUGGUCUUGUGCCUUGGAAUCGGCCAUAUCCGACAUAGAAGUAGAAACAUUGGAUCUUAAAGGUCCCACAGAAUUGGCGGUUCCAGGUUACGAUAAAAAUAUUACUUUUGGUCGAAUAUAUGAUAUCAAUUAUAAAAUAAUGAAUGGCUCGAGUGAUGACUACAUCAAAGUAUCUACCACAAGACCCGAAACCCUGCUCGGAGAUGUGGCAGUUGCUGUAAAUCCCCUCGAUGAACGUUAUGCCAAAUAUCGCGAUCAACCAGAGGUACUACUAUGGCAUCCAUUCCGUGAGGAGCCAAUUCCUCUGAUAUUCGAUGUAACAGUUGAACCAGAAUUUGGUACAGGGGCAGUGAAAAUAACACCCGCUCAUGAUCGUGCUGAUUUCGAUGUGGCCCAACGACAUUUAUUACGUCCCAUUCAAGUAUUUUCGGAAAAGGGUUUGAUUAGGGAACAAUUUGCGGCAUUUUCAAAUCAGCCGCGAUUUGAGGCAAGAGAAACCAUUUUACAAAAAUUAGCUGAAAUGCAGCUGCUACAAGAGACCAGAGAUCAUGCAAUGCAAUUGCCCAUUUGUUCCCGAUCAAAGGAUGUCAUUGAAUAUAUGUUACGAGAGCAGUGGUUCCUGCACUGUCAAUCAAUGGCCGAUGAAGCUUUAGCCGAGGUGUUAAGUGGUCGUCUGCAAAUUGUACCGCCAAAUUUUGAAAUUGAAUGGCAGCGAUGGUUGGAGAAUUGCCAUGAUUGGUGUAUAUCACGUCAACUGUGGUGGGGUCAUCAAAUUCCCGCUUAUAAGGCCACCGAUGAGAACAGCGGCAAAACAAUAUGGGUGGCUGCUCACAGUGAAGAAGAGGCCCAGCAAAAAGCCCAAGACGAAUUGGGAUCAUAUGAUAUUGAACUUAGACGUGAUACAGAUGUAUUGGAUACAUGGUUUUCAUCGGGCCUCUUGCCUUUUUCGGCUUCCAAUUGGCCUUCCGAGGAAUAUAAGCAGCAUUAUCCUUUAGAUUUAAUGGAGACGGGACAUGAUAUUCUAUUCUUUUGGGUGGCACGUAUGGUAAUGUUGGGUCUCAAACUAACCGGUCAAUCGCCAUUUAAGAAAAUUCUCCUCAAUGGCAUUGUCUGCGAUGCCCAUGGUCGGAAAAUGUCCAAGAGUUUGGGAAAUGUCGUGACACCACAACAAGUUGUACAGGGUGCUUCAUUGGAUUCCCUUAAAGAAGACCUAAAAUCUGCCCACAAGUCAGGAAUCCUAAGUAAUGCCGAAGUGGAAAAAUCUUUAAAAGGUCUACAACGCAUGUUUCCCCAGGGCAUACAAGAAUGUGGUACAGAUGCCCUACGCUUUACCCUGUGCAGUCAUAAUAUUAAAAGCCAUUUCAUUAAUUUCGAUGUCAACGAAUGCUACACGAAUAAAUUGUUCCUUAAUAAAAUAUGGCAAGCAACCCGAUUUACUUUGGGUUCGGCCGAGAGACUAAAUAUGCCACUACAUGAAAUCGAGACCAUGAAUCAGGUGCCAUUGGGAAAAUGGGAUUUAUGGAUAUUAAGUCGGCUGGCGGAGACACUGAAAAUGUGCAAUGAAAGUUUUGAAAAUUAUAAUUUACACACAGCAACGGGGGCCUUAAAGACCUUCCUCUACAACAAUCUAUGUGAUAUUUAUGUGGAAACCUGCAAGAAAAAUAUAAAUCAACAAAAACCCGAAGGCUAUAUCCACUGUGCAACAUUGGCCACAGUACUCAGUUGGUCUCUUCAGGCCAUGAGUCCUUUUACACCAUUUUUGUCAGAGGAGUUGCUAAAACAUUUACCUCAAAAUAUUGAAAUUGAUUUAAAUAAAUUCCAUAAUGCCGAAUUGGAAAAGGAAAUUGCCGACAUUUUAGAUAUUUGCCAACAAAUCCGGCAACUGAAGAGUCGUAAUACCAUUAGUAAAAAAUAUGAUCCUCAGUUAUAUUUAUAUGGUCACAGUGAGGGGGCUUUAGAAACUCUCAAACCCCAUUUAUAUGAAAUGCAAGCUUUAACCCUGACCACAGGAAUUCAUUUACACCGAUUGGAGGGGAAUGUAAAGGAGCGAGAUAAUUUAAGGGUAUUCUCAACGGCAGGACACCUUUGUAGUUUUGGUAUUAGUACAAAUGAUUUGUAUAAACCACCCAAGGGCGCAGAUAAAUCGGCAUCAAGCCAAAACCUCAACGAACAAAAAUUACAAAAGUUACAGGCCGACUUGAAACGCUAUCAAAUGCGUAUGGAAAAUGAAGGAUUCCGUAAAUCGGCCAGUCAGGAAGUACAACAAAAGCAUGCGGAAAAGAUACAACAAUUGGAAAUAGAAAUUGAGAAAAUCAAGGCCAUGGGUAGCUGA